UUUUCACUCUCACUGUCUCUUCGAGGUGAAAUGGCACAGCGAGGAAUUCAGCUGGAUCAGGAAAAACUCUCCUGUUCGAUCUGUCUGGAUCUACUGAAGGAUCCGGUGACUAUUCCCUGUGGACACAGCUACUGUAUGAGCGAUCCGGUGACUAUUCCCUGUGGACACAGCUACUGUAUGAGCUGUAUUAAAAACUACUGGGAUGAAGAGGAUCAGAAAGAAAUCCACAGCUGCCCUCAGUGCAGACAGACCUUUGGACCGAGGCCUGCUCUGGGGAGAAACACAGUGUUAGCAGAUUUAGUGGAGGAACUGAAGAAGACAGGACUCCAAGCUGCUCCUGCUGAUCACUGCUACGCUGAACCUGAAGAUGUGGCCUGUGAUGUCUGCACUGGGAGGAAGCUGAAAGCUGUCAAGUCCUGUCUGCAGUGUCUGGUCUCGUACUGUGAGCAGCACCUCCAGCCUCACCAUGAAUCCCCUGCCUUUGAAAAACACAAGCUGGUGGACCCCUCCAAGAAGCUUCAGGAGAACGUCUGUACUCGUCACAAUGAGGUGAUGAAGAUUUUCUGCCGCACUGAUCAGCAGUGUAUCUGUUAUCUGUGCUCCAUGGAUGAACAUAAAGGCCAUGACACAGUCUCAGCUGCAGCAGAAAUGACUGAGAAGCAGAAAGAGCUCGGAGCGACUCGACAAAAGAUCCAGCAGAGAAUCCAGAACAGAGAGAAAGAUGUGAAGGUGCUUCAGCAGGAGGUGGAGGCUAUCAAUCGCUCUGCUGAUAAAGCUGUGGAGGACAGCGAGAAGGUCUUCACAGACGCGAAGCAGCAGAUCAGAUCUCGUCAGAAAUCCGGGGUGACUCUCGCCAACGAGCUUCAGGAGAAAUUGGAGCAGGAGAUCGCUGAUCUGAAGAGGAAAGACGCUGAACUGGGGCAGCUCUCACACGCAGAGGACCACAUCCAGUUUUUGCACAAUUACAUUUUGCUGUCACGACUUAGUGAAGCUACAGAUUCAUCCGGAGUCAAGAUCCGUCCUCUGAGGUACACUGAGGAUAUGACUGCAGCUGUGUCAGGGGUCAGAGAUAAACUACAGGACAUUCUUAGUGAGGAGUGGACCAAGAUAUCACUGACAGGGUCUGAAGAUGUUUUACUGGCACAGGCAGAGCCCAAGACCAGAGCUGAAUUCCUCAAAUAUUCAUGUCAAAUCAGACUGAAUGAAAACACAGCAGACGCGAACAAGGUGGAUAUUAGACGUGGCCUAAAGGCAACAUAUUCUAAAAACAAUUACAGCUAUUGGUGUCACCCAGACAGUUUCUCUGACUGGCCUCAGGUUUUGUGUAGAGAAAGCCUGACUGGGCGUUGUUACUGGGAGGUGAAGUGGAAAGGGAGUGGCAUUUUUGUAGCAGUUGCAUACAAGACUAUUAGCAGAACAGGAAGAGACAGUAUAUUUGGACACAAUGACAAGUCUUGGGCCUUGGAGUGUUUUUGCAACGGUUAUGAAUUCAGACAUAAAAACAUCAUCACUCCCAUCUCAGCUCCUCAUUCCUCCAGAGUAGGAGUGUAUCUGGAUCAUGGGGCAGGCACUCUGUGUUUCUACAGCGCCUCUGACUCCACCAUGACUCUCCUCUACAGAGUCCAGACCACAUUCACUCAGCCUCUCUGUCCUGGAUUUGGUCUGUAUAAUAGUGGAUCCUACGCUGAAAUCUGUGAAGCUUUAAACACAGAAGACUAAAACCCACAGAGACAAGACGCCACACAUGGCAUCUUAUUAGAGUUUCUGUUUGUGGCGCUCUUUCUCUUUUCAGCCGAGGUGGUUAUCACUGCUUGUUAAGACAAGUGAGUUCUUUGUGAAAUAUUUGUAUAAUAAAUAAGCAAUCGCAAAAAAACUAAAGUGUUAAAAAAUGAACAUAAAAAAAAGACAAAUAGAUAACUUGAAUAUUGUGUGAGGAAUAAAGCUAAAAGGGUUAAGGGUUUUGUGUAUUUCUUAUUCUUAAAUCAAUAUAGUGAGAUAACAAUCAGUAACUUUAUGUUUUGCUUUCUGUAAUUUAGUUAAAAAGUGUAGGAGAACUUUGAUAUUUGGAGGACAGGGUAGUAGUAAGGGAUUUAAAAUCAUGUCUUUGGCAAUCAAUAACUGAACCCAAAUAUUUCUCUGAACAAACAUGUUGUGACAAAUUUGUUGUGAUUAUUGAGCUUCUAACUUGUUGUGUAGUCUGUAAUGUUCUUCUGUUGGAUGUAUGUUUGUGUUGUUGCAGCACUAUACGCCUCGUCUUUAUCACAGCAUUUUAAUAAAUCAAUAAAUCA